AACACCAGCAAGGAAAAAUGGACAGUAAUCCUGAGGCAUCUUAUGGACAUGGCCAACUGCAGUCUGCAAGUUACGGGGAGUUUUGUAAUCCGGUGACUGAUCAAGAACCAGAAAUGAGGUGCUUAGAUCCUACGACUUUAGAACCGGCAAGCCCUCAGCAAAAGUCCCAUCCUCAACGCCCGUUACAAUGCAUGCCUCUACAGGAACCUGCACAUGGAUCCGACCAACAACAUUUAACAAAUAACCAGGCUCCUCUUGCUGUUCUUCAAAGUAAUCUUGGCCGUAACGGCGCUAGAACAGAGCUGGUUGAGAGUGCCACUGAUUUCACAGCUAAUCCAUCAAAUCAGUAUGAUAUGGACCUUUACAAUGAAAUCAUGCAUCCGAAAUUUAAUGGCAGCUUUGAUGAAUUCCUUAUUCAGCAGCCAGCAACUCAACCCAAAGGCCUAGUAGACAAUAUUACAGACGUUUCUGCAUUGCCUGAUUUUCAAAUCUCUGCUCAGCAGACUAAAGAUAAUGAUGUAGAACAGCCAUCAAUUAUACUUGACCCGAAUGUGGAGUAUGUAAUAUAUGAGUCUGAUGUUCCCGAAAUAGAUGGUACCUCAAAUUUGGAAGAUAAUCCUUUGUGGGUUAAGCUUAAGAAACCUGGCGAAGGUCUUAAGCAAUUUUUACGUAAGAACUGGUCUGAAAUGUUACGUUUCUUGCCAAUUCCUCGUCCAAAGAAAAGAAGUCGUAAAUAUGACUGGCAGGAAGAGGAACCUGAGGAUCCAGAGAAAUUAAAGAAAUGGCUCAAUGCUAUCAAGCAGAAGUAUUGGCGUGUUAUGCAGGUCAAGGGCAAGGUCAAUGUCAAGAUUCCUACCACAGAAACGGAAGGCUUAUUAUGGCAGCAAAAAUUUAUAGCCAAUUGUGAACAAGCCUGUUAA